AUGGCAAAGUGGAAGCACCUUCUUGAUAAUAUCCCCGCGGAUUUUCCCGAAGACAAGCCCGUCUUUAUGCAGAACCUUCUCCACGGCCAGGAAGCCUGGAUUGUGAGAUACGUGACAGAAUUCCGCAGACUCGCAACCGAGGCCGGAGGAUUCGAACUGGUCUACCUUGGCUUGCCCGCCUCAAAGAUCGUUGGCGAAGACGACGAAAACUGGGAUGCGGUCGUGUUAGUCAAAUAUCCGAAUAUCGAUACCUUCCGCAAGACACUUAGCAGUGAUGAUUACGCUGCGACUGCAAUAGAGCAUCGUGAUGCUGGGCUCAAGGACUGGAAGUUGAUUGCAUCGACCCAAGUUGUCAUUCAAGAUUGA